AUCAGCCUUAAGUAAAGACCCCACACCGCAGUCACUGCUUGCACAAGUCGUUGGAGGUGACGAACGUCUCGUGUUCCUCUCUCUCACUCUCCCAUUCCCCCUCCCCACCCCCCACAAACCCCAAAACCCAAAAACAUUGUGUGCAUUGCCGAAAUGUGGAAUGGGUGUGGGUAGUUAAGAAACUUGAAUACCUUUGAUGUGAACUGGUGUUUCGUUGUAAAUAUCGAAACCCAUUUCUCUUUAAAAAAUUUGGCUAUUGCCAUUGGCUUCGUUGGCUUUUUGUAUUUCAUUUUCUUGAUUUACUAUCGUCUUUCUUCGAUCCCAUCGCCAACUUUUCUCCUACAAAUCUUCGCCCCCCACCCUCGCUCUCCUCUGUUAUUUUUCGUUUCCUGGUUUUUAUAUCUUGGUCUUGUGGCAAAUUAAUCAACAAUGGCUUCCUUAUUAGUUCCAGGCCCUAAGCAAUCUUUAGUUGCUCAUGUUGGAUCCAAUGCUCCAAACCCACAUCCCAAGUCCACCAUUUCUUUUCCUCCUCGUGCUUCCACUCUUCUUGGAUUUCAGUGGCCUGACAGGAAGCAAUCUCCUGUUACAAAGGCGCAGGCACAGCUGAAUGAGGUUAUCUUCGAGAAGUCUUCAAAUUCUACACCAGUGCUGGACACUAACUCCAAAGUUCCAUCAUCUGAGAAAAAAGAUGAGCCUGCAGAAAACAUUCCAGAGGCAUCAUCAAUUUCGGCAUUCAUGACACAAGUAUCAGACCUUGUCAAGCUUGUGGAUUCAAGAGAUAUCACUGAGCUCCAACUGAAGCAAUUAGACUGUGAGCUCAUAAUUAGGAAAAAGGAGGCUUUGCAGCAGCCACCAACACCAGCUCCUGUCAUUUCAAUGCAACCUCAUUACCAACAUGCCCCACUUCCAUCUCCACCACCGGCAGCUCCUGCUUCUGCUCCUCCAAGCUCCACUCCUCCGGUUCCUACAGCUGCCUUGCCUUCCCCUGCAAGGACAAGCACUUCAUCUCAUACACCAUUGAAAUGCCCUAUGGCAGGAACCUUUUAUCGAUCUCCAGCACCUGGUGAACCUCCAUUUGUGAAGGUAGGAGAUAAAGUGCAGAAAGGUCAGGUUAUUUGCAUUAUUGAGGCCAUGAAACUAAUGAAUGAAAUUGAGGCUGAUCAAUCUGGAACCGUAGCUGAGAUUUUGGUAGAAGAUGGGAAACCAGUUAGUGUGGACACGCCAUUAUUUGUCAUUGCACCAUGAUUCACUUCAAAGAAUCAUUAUGCUCGGUAGCAGCCGGUAUUUGCAGAGAAGUUACUUUGAAGUUACGAUAUCUAGUCACCCUUCGAUUUUUUUUUACUGUGUUACAUCUUCAAAAGAAUAAUUGUCAUAUCUUGGUCCAGGGAAAGCUCUAUUUUACUUUAUCAUUGAAUUUGAUAUGUGGCAGAAGCCUCAAUGCUUUAGAAUAUGGGUGAUGACUGAUUUUUAAAUAGUGUCAAAAUUUUAAGACA